CGUUCAUGUUCUCCAUAUGUGUGCUUGUCAUACGUGUGUAAGUGUGUGUGUAAAUUUCCAUAAACUCGUGUGUACCCGAAAAACUUUUAUUUUUUGCAGAGAAAGAACGAAUGCGAUAUUAUUAUGACAUUUUAAUGUUUAAUUGGUUUUAAAAAAAGGACUCAAAAUGCAAUCCUCAAUGUGCCUGUCAAAUAUAUCCGGCAUCCCGGAUAAACAUUGGCAACCACCCUUCGUUGCCUUCGAGACUACGAUGGGUGAAAUAACCUUCGAGUUAUAUUGGAAACACGCCCCCAUCACGUGCAGAAACUUCGCCGAGCUCACGCGACGUGGAUAUUACAACGGUACCAAGUUUCACAGGAUCAUCCGUGACUUUAUGAUUCAAGGUGGAGAUCCUACUGGGACAGGAAAAGGUGGGAUGUCCAUAUAUGGCGAAUGUUUUGACGAUGAGAUACAUGAUGAUUUGAAGCAUACAGGUUCUGGAAUAUUAUCGAUGGCAAAUUCUGGACCGGAUACAAAUGGAUCACAAUUUUUCAUAACGCUUGCCCCUACACAGUGGCUCGAUGGAAAACAUACUAUAUUUGGUAGAAUUCAUUCUGGCAUGACUAUAGUUAAAAGAAUUGGACUAGUUGAGACAGAUAAGAAUGAUCGACCUGUAGAUGAUGUUAAAAUUGUAAAAGGUUCUGUGAAAAAUGCUUGAAUUUUUAUAAGAAAAUCUAUAAGUACACAUUUUUUUUCUAAAUGUAACAUGUGUUCUUUUUAUGGAAUGAAUAUUUCUUUCCAUUUUAUAUUCUGUACCUGUCAUUUUAUUACGUAUAUAAAAUACAAAAAAAUAUGGGAAGAAA